AUGACUCGGCUGACAGGAACCAGGGACAUCCACUGUGCGCUCGUGCUAGGGCGUCCUGGCAGCAUCGACUGGCGCAUUUGUCCACCAAGUCUACCCGUCGACACACCUCCGCCAAAGGACCGCCGUAAGACCCCCGUUGCGCCACGGGAUGACGAGAAGGACCCCCCGACGCCGUUGACCAGGGGCAUCUGGGCAUUCAGGCUCGUGGCCCCGAUGCGGGAAAUUCUGGAGUUGGAACAAGACGGUCCGUGUCCGAAAGACUAUUCCAAGGUCGACCGGGUACAUCAAAUGUGUCUGGACUUGGACGAAGCGACGCCUGCGUAUUUCCGAUUGGAGAACCCAGACAGGAAGUGGGAUGAUGACCCGUCAUGCUACUGGCUGCAGUCGGUACGGUUCUACCUACCGCAGAUGAACCUGUUCAACUUGAUGGCGCUGCACCGGCCGUACAUCUUCAACCGACAGAAGAGCCGAACAGAAGCGCUCAAGGCCAGUAUCGAGAUGCUUCACCGCCAGAUGCUCACGUUCCAGGGCCUCGAUGCUGGUUCGUGGCGGAACUUCUCGCUAUUCUUUGGCAGCUUUGAUGCCGUGGUUCUCAUGGCAUCGAUAUACAUCCUGUUUCCCAAGGAGAACCUUGAGAUGGCUGGCAGCGCUAUGCAGCACUUCCACUGGACUACGGAGAGAUUUGAAGCGAUGCAGGAGAGGAACCCUCUGGCGAAGGCAGCGAAAGGUGUCCUGCAGGCGAUUUUUGCUAAGUUCAAGAAGGCGGUAGGAAACCCGGCGCCGCCACCAAGCCUGUCGAGCUUGGCAUCUCAGACACCGGCAUCGACGGCGGAUAGUACCGGCAGUCUAUCUGCCCGCGGAUCAGUCUCGACGGCGACAGCGGCAACGGCCGACACACCAGCGAGUAAAAGCAGCACAGUGGCGACGCCGACAUCGCUGCCGACAGUUCCCGACACAUCGUCAGCGUAUCCGCUGCCAUCAGCACACUCGGAGUGGACAUUGCCAAAUAGCUGGGACUUCACAUCGAUUGCACCGCUAUUUCCGAUGGGAGACCUCAUCUACCACGACCUUAACGGAAUACCAGAGGACGGAUCCCUCCCAGCAUGGGGAGCAGCAACGCCGCCACCGCCGGCGGCCGGGACGACGUUUGAGGGGGAUUUUGGGAAUGACAGUGUGUGGAACUUGCUAAACCAGUACGACCCGACAUCCGUUUGA